AUGGGCGGGCCAACAGUCGACGGGUACCUCCAUACCGAAUCCUGGGUGGCAGGUGCACCAUCGAGCUCCGAAAACGGAAAAUCCGCUUGCUUCAGCGCAGACAAAAGCCUCAACAACUUCGACCUCGACAACGACAACGACGACAACGACGACAACGACGACAACAGCGAACGAUCACGGUGGCAGGGACUGUCUCUAGCUCAGAUUCUUGAUCCUUUUUCUACCCUGACACUCCUCAACCCCCUCUGCUCGAUAUCCACAUCAGCCAUGCCUUCUGCUGCACCCCUGGCCAGCACUUCGAACGGCAACCUCUCUGCCAACGACAAUAUCCGUCGCUUCGCAGCUCCCAGCAGACCCUUCACCCCCCUGGAACACAGCCUCUUCCACAACAAGACACGAUGCUUUGUAUAUGGCAUGCAGCCCCGUGCUGUGCAGGGAAUGCUCGACUUUGAUUUCAUCUGCAAGCGCACCACCCCCUCCGUAGCUGGCAUUAUCUACACCUUUGGCGGCCAAUUCGUUAGUAAGAUGUACUGGGGUACGAGCGAGACGUUACUCCCCGUCUAUCAAGCCGUCGGGAAGGCCAUUGCCAAACAUCCAGACGUCGAUACCGUUGUCAACUUUGCCUCGUCCCGAAGUGUAUACAGCUCCACCAUGGAAUUGAUGCAGUACCCCCAGAUCAAGUCUAUUGCCAUCAUCGCCGAGGGUGUCCCCGAAAGACGCGCCCGAGAAAUCAUGGUCGCCGCGAAGGAAAAAGGAAUUACGAUCAUUGGCCCUGCGACUGUUGGAGGCAUCAAACCCGGUGCGUUCAAGAUUGGCAACACUGGCGGCAUGAUGGACAACAUUGUCGCUUCUAAACUCUACCGCAAGGGCUCCGUCGGCUAUGUGUCCAAAUCUGGAGGCAUGUCCAACGAGCUCAACAACAUCAUCUCCCAAACCACAGAUGGUGUCUACGAAGGUGUCGCCAUUGGAGGUGACAGAUAUCCAGGAACCACAUUCAUCGAUCAUCUCCUGCGAUACCAGGCAGACUCAGAAUGCAAAAUACUCGUGCUUCUUGGUGAAGUCGGUGGUGUGGAAGAGUACCGUGUCAUCGAGGCCGUGCGGGACGGCACCAUCACCAAGCCAGUCGUCGCAUGGGCCAUUGGGACCUGCGCAAGUUUGUUCAAGACAGAAGUUCAAUUCGGCCACGCUGGUGCCUCCGCCAACUCUGAACUCGAAACCGCAGUCAUGAAGAACAAGUGCAUGCGUGAAGCCGGUAUCCACGUCCCAGAGACCUUCGAAGAGCUUCCCCAAACGCUUGCGGAAGUUUACAAGAAACUCGUCAAGCAGGGCACCAUCGUACCCCAAUCAGAGCCUGUCCCUCCAAAAAUCCCCAUCGACUACGCAUGGGCUCAGGAGCUCGGUCUCAUCCGUAAACCCGCUGCCUUCAUCUCCACGAUCUCCGACGACCGUGGUCAGGAGUUGCUUUACGCUGGCAUGCCCAUCUCAGACGUGUUCCGAGAAGACAUCGGCAUCGGCGGAGUCAUGUCGCUCCUUUGGUUCCGUCGCCGCCUCCCCAACUACGCCAGCAAGUUCUUGGAGAUGGUCCUCAUGCUGACAGCCGACCACGGCCCUGCCGUGUCUGGCGCUAUGAAUACGAUCAUCACUACAAGAGCAGGCAAGGAUCUUAUUAGCGCUUUGGUGUCUGGCCUACUGACUAUCGGCUCGCGGUUCGGUGGUGCGCUUGACGGUGCCGCGGAGGAGUUCACAAAGGCAUUUGACAAGGGUCUCAGUCCUCGUGACUUUGUCGAUACCAUGCGCAAGGAGAAUAAACUAAUCCCCGGAAUUGGCCACAAAGUAAAAUCCCGCGCUAACCCAGACCUCCGCGUCGAACUCGUAAAAGAAUUCGUCCACAAAAACUUUCCCAGCCACAAACUCCUCGACUACGCCAUCGCCGUCGAGACCGUCACGACGUCCAAAAAGGACAAUCUAAUUCUCAAUGUCGACGGAUGUGUCGCCGUCUGCUUCGUCGACCUGCUGCGGAAUUGCGGCGCAUUCUCACCAGAGGAGGCUGAAGAUUACCUGUCGAUGGGCGUAUUGAACGGCUUGUUUGUGUUGGGUAGGAGCAUUGGGUUAAUUGCGCAUUUCCUGGAUCAGAAGCGGUUGCGCACGGGCCUGUACAGGCAUCCGUGGGAUGAUAUUACCUAUUUGUUGCCUUCUUUUCAGAAGGGGGCGCCGGGAGCCGAGGGACGGGUUGAGGUUAGUUUGUAAAUGGGGGUUUCUUGUUGCCUUGAUUACUUUUUUGUUUGCAAACUGAAUUUUUGUUGAUACUUUGGCAAUUUGGUUGGUUUAAUGGGAGCGGGGUUUAGAGGGUCUUGAGACGUAGGGAGGUUCUUUGGUGGAGGGAUGGUCAACCACUAAUUAGUACUUACAUACGACAUACAUAUAUUAGCGUAGCUUUUUAUUAGAAAAAGAGGGAAGAAAAAAGAUUUAAGGGAUUUAGUUUCUCAGCUUUGA